GCUAAGGCCAGCCGCGCCCUGCGCCUCGUAGGCGGGUGGGGAGGCGGGGACGGCGACCCAUCCCCACUCUGUCCAGGUGCGCGGGGAUCAUCAGGUCUCUUCUACUGGUCUUGUCGUUUCCCAACCCCUGACCCCUACCCGGGAGUGGAGACUCCUCCAGCUCAAAAGUUCCGAGGGGAGGGGAGCCAUGGGUCGAGGCUGUCGAAGCACCCACCACUGGAGUGCGAGAGCACACACACUCAAACCCGCAUCGCACCCAGCACACUCCAGCAGUCAGUCCACUUCGGUUCCCGGGCCAGGGACUGACUGGGAAAGCGGGUUGGGGCUGUUGGGAAAAGCUGGAGCUGAUGGCAAGAUUGCCGCGGCUAUAAAUCCAUCACUUCCCAGGUCAGCUCGGUGAGGCGCUGGGACUGCAGCUGGCGGAGUGAAUUCCUGGGCCAGCGCGCAUGCGUCGGCAGGUAGCAACCCAGCUCUUUAUGACCAGGUGAGAUGUUGGUGAGCAGGUAAAAAAGGAGGAUUUGCCUAAGCGAUUCCAGGGAGCGGGCCCGGCCGAGCCCUACAGCCCAUGCCCGGCGGGGACCAGUCGCCAGGAGCGCCAAGCCGCGAUGUCCAUACUUGCCAAAAUGGGGGACUGGCAGGACCGUCACGACGGCACCAGCAACGGGACGGCACGGUUGCCCCAGCUGGGCACUGUAGGUCAAUCUCCCUACACGAGCGCCCCGCCGCUGUCCCACACCCCCAAUGCCGACUUCCAGCCCCCCUACUUUCCCCCACCCUACCAGCCUAUCUACCCCCAGUCGCAAGACCCUUACUCCCACGUCAACGACCCCUACAGCCUGAACCCCCUGCACGCCCAGCCGCAGCCGCAGCACCCAGGCUGGCCCGGCCAGAGGCAGAGCCAGGAGUCUGGGCUCCUGCACACGCACCGCGGGCUGCCUCACCAGCUGUCGGGCCUGGAUCCUCGCAGGGACUACAGGCGGCACGAGGACCUCCUGCACGGCCCACACGCUCUCAGCUCAGGACUCGGAGACCUCUCGAUCCACUCCUUACCUCACGCCAUCGAGGAGGUCCCGCAUGUAGAAGACCCGGGUAUUAACAUCCCAGAUCAAACUGUAAUUAAGAAAGGCCCCGUGUCCCUGUCCAAGUCCAACAGCAAUGCCGUCUCCGCCAUCCCUAUUAAUAAGGACAACCUCUUCGGCGGCGUGGUGAACCCCAACGAAGUCUUCUGUUCAGUUCCGGGUCGCCUCUCGCUCCUCAGCUCCACCUCGAAGUACAAGGUCACGGUGGCGGAAGUGCAGCGGCGGCUCUCACCACCCGAGUGUCUCAACGCGUCGCUACUGGGCGGAGUGCUCCGGAGGGCGAAGUCUAAAAACGGAGGAAGAUCUUUAAGAGAAAAACUGGACAAAAUAGGAUUAAAUCUGCCAGCAGGGAGACGUAAAGCUGCCAACGUUACCCUGCUCACAUCACUAGUAGAGGGAGAAGCUGUCCACCUAGCCAGGGACUUUGGGUACGUGUGUGAAACCGAAUUUCCUGCCAAAGCAGUAGCUGAAUUUCUCAACCGACAACAUUCCGAUCCCAAUGAGCAAGUGACAAGAAAAAACAUGCUCCUGGCUACAAAACAGAUCUGCAAGGAGUUCACCGACCUGCUGGCUCAGGACCGAUCUCCCUUGGGGAACUCGCGGCCCAACCCCAUCCUGGAGCCCGGCAUCCAGAGCUGCUUGACCCACUUCAACCUCAUCUCCCACGGCUUCGGCAGCCCCGCGGUGUGCGCCGCGGUCACGGCCCUGCAGAACUAUCUCACCGAGGCCCUCAAGGCCAUGGACAAAAUGUACCUCAGCAACAACCCCAACAGCCACACGGACAACAACGCCAAAAGCAGUGACAAAGAGGAGAAGCACAGAAAGUGAGCUCUCCUCCCGCCCUGCGCCUCACCAGCCCCCGCGCGCCCACCCACCGGCGGGUGACAGCUCUGGGAUCAGCAACCCUUCCUGCUGCUGCUACUGCUGCUGCUGCUGCUGCCGCCGCCGCCGCCACCGCUGCCCUUGGGUCCCCCCAGUCUCCGGGACUGCUCUCUCGACUGUCAGUGGGGCAGCCGCUCCGACUCCCCCCUCGACCUCCCCACCCACUCCUACUUCUACACCCCUGUGCCCUCCUGUGGAGCCUAAGAGAACAGAACAGGCCGUGAAGCCAGCAGAGAAAAGUUCUGCCGAGUUUAUGAACCCCCCCCUUUUUUUUUAAACGAAACAGCAAAUCAACAACAGCAACAGAAAAAAAUUAAAAACUUUUUUUCUAAAAAAAAAAAGUAAAAAUAAAAAAAAAUUAUAUGCGCUUCAUGGGACUGAAUCACCACCUUCCCUUACAUACUUCAGUUCAGAUUGUAGCCAUACUUUAAAAAAAAAAAAGCCAAAAGGAUGAUGACAACAUUUUUAUCAGUAUUGUGAAUAAACUUGAACACAAAUACACGAAGUUCCAUGUCAUGUCUUCAGUUGUAGAAGUUUUUCCUCUUUAAGGUAAAGCGACCAACUUGAACUUUCUCUGGCAACACGAUUCGCAUUUAUAUAAGGGAAUCAGUGUUCACGUCUCUGUAUAUAUUUAUUUAUGUGUAAUUUAAUGGGAAUUGUAAAUAUGGUGAGUCUGUUUUAAGCCUUUUUUUUUUAAUUUAUCUGAUCUCAUUUACCUCUUGUUUAGUGGGUUUUGAAUCUUCCUAUUAGUUUUUCAUGUGGUUCAUGGUACUGAUUUAGAAAUCCAAUGUUUGGGGGAUUUUUUUUUCUCUGGGAUUCAUGAGUUUCGCCCUGUUGUAGCAUGUUAAAGGUGACAAUGAAACAGCUGGACAAAUUUUUAAAAAGUAAAAUAAAAUUUAUAAUUAGUAUUAUUACGUUUAGCUUUUCAUUGAACUGAAAGAAAAAAAAGUGAUAUUGGACCCUGGAAAGAUUUUUAAACUUGAGUGGUUUGAUAACCCUUCUAUGUAUUGUAGGGAGAAAAAAAAAAAAGUUUAUUUUAUUCCACUGUCCUCCCUUAAAAGCAUUUGAGCAAUAAAUGAAUAUUGUCUUUAAACCAAGGGUUAGGGAAUUUUCCCCUCUCUCUCUCUCUUUCUCUCCUCUCUCUUUUUGUUCAAAGAACUUCAAACAUUUGGGACCACCUGGUAUUCUGUAUUUUCACUGGCCAUUUUGGAAGCAGUUCUAGUUGCAUUGUAUUGAGUUGUGCUGGCAGUAGUCUCCAUGCCUGUCAAUGUAUCAUAGUCCUUUGUUGCCCAGAUAAAUAAAUAUUUGAUACGCUUUAUGUCGAUUUUUUUUUAUUCAGUGGCUGUCUUUACCCAGGCGUAUUUUUGUUCUUGGCAGUAUUUUUUAUUCAGUAUGGUUACAGUAAUUGAGUUUAACUCUCCCUUGGCAAUUGCUCCUUGCAAUAAGCAGCUGAACCCAUUGUUUCCCUCAAGUAUAAUAAAAACUUACUUUCAACUUGGAGUUCAGAGCAGGGUAUCAUUUCGAUAUUCCACUGAGUCUGUAUUCAGACAAAUGACACAAUAAAGCCCGAUGUAUUCUUUUGGAUAAAAGAUUGUUUGUACUGCUAAAGGAAUGACAUACUGUCUUCUCCUUACUAGAAACAUUAAUUUUAUUAUUAAAAAUAAAGUUUUAUUUUA